UAGGUUUGAUUUCAAUCCUUUCUCUAUUGCUCAAGCCCAGGGCUUAGAUACUCUGUUUGGAACUUUGAAUAUUUUUUGCCCUCUAUGCCGUGUUAAAAUUCCUUGCUAAGGUAGAGGAGAGCCAAUUGCUGGUGCGGGAACGCUUGUUGUAUUAAAUUGUUGAAAGAAGAGGCAUUGUUUGAAACAUGAGCUUUAAUUUCUUGAUAAUAGAGAAAUGGAAGGUGAUGAUUUGUCGAGUUCCAAGAUUUCUCAGGCUAAGUUAGGGUUGCAAAAGGGUUUGUUUCAGAAUUCGUUGAAAACUAGGGCUAAGAAAAUGGAAGGUGAAGAGAAGAAUUCCAGGGCUAAUGGUAGAUCAAAACCUAUUGAGAUUGGUCUUGAUUCUCAUGAUGAUGAGCCCAUUAGGUCUCUAUUCAAGUUGAAGAGACCCAGAAAUCCCAAAAAGGUUAAGGUAGUUUUGGACAAGACUGAAGCUAGGGAUGAAAAAUUGGUGGCUGAUGAUGAUGACUUUGGGGGCAUGCAUGACACACUAGCCAGUUUUAGGAAGAGGUUGAAGGGUCCUAAGAAAGAUAUUGGAUCGGUUAUUGUGAGGCCUUUGGAGGAUAAUGUGGUUAAAGGUUGCAGUGAAAGUGUUGAUGUGCUGGGCUCAUCUACGAAUAAAGGAGUAGUUGAACACAAACAUAAGGAAAAGGUGAAGAAAACAAAAAUUGAAUCUAAAAUAGGGAGAACUAGGGGUGAUGCUGAAGUUUAUGAUACUUCAGAAACUUUUGGAUCUCAGGUGGAAGAUCAAAAGGAGGAAGGUUCACAGCCUACUGAGGGUUCAAGUCAUUCUUUGGAUGAGAAGUUGGGAGACUCAUUAUCAUGUAUUUUUUAUAAGGCGCAAGCUGGUCCAAUACGGAAGUCUCACAUGAAUUCAUGUUCAAAACAAAAUAGUAGGGUUCGGAGUUUGGAGGAGGGGUUGAGCCCUUCCUCUGAAUGUGUUUCAGAGUUUUCCAUGUCCAUGGCUGCAAGGAUACCUAGAACUGCUUCUGCCUCAAAUGUAGUCCGCAAAGAUCUGAAAGCUGAAGAUGGUUGCACUAUAGUUACCGGUUUGAGUCCGUCAGAGGCUGUCUCUGAACACAGUAAGAUAGUGAAAAACAAAAGGCUUGAUAAUGGUUUUUGUCAAUCUUCUAAUUGUAUGCAAGAGAAUUCUGAUGAAAAUACAAAGUCCAAUGUCAAAAGACAUGCUAGAUCUGUAGAAAUUAUGUCCCCGCCUGCAUCAUUUCACUGUUGUGGGAUUCAAGAUGAAAGAAUGCUAGAUUCUGGUGUCUCAAAUGUUAAAGAAGAACUUAUGGUGGAUCCUUGUACUUCAAAUGGACUUCGUGAUCAAAAGUUUUCUUUUUCUGGUCAAGCGGAUAGUUUGGACACUCAGUCUUUGAAGAAUGGUUUAAGGCUUUGUUCUAUUGGAAAGGCAAACACUUUGGUCCAUGAUGUUGUGAAAGUACCUACUUCUGCAUCAGUGCAGUUUGAAGGCAUUGAUCAGUUCUGCGAGCACAAGUCCAAUAAAGAUUUAAGGGAUGCUUGGGAGCAACAAUCUAAGGAUGUUUCAACUGUAUGCGUUUCACAUGCAGAAAACCAAAUUUCAUUUUCUUCAGCUAGAAAAGAAAUAUCACCACCUUCUAUGGUGGAUGGGAUAUCAAACAAGUCAUUUAGAAGUUCAUCUAACAGGCUUCACGAGCCAACUAAUGAAGGAAUUUUGGAUGGUUCCCUAAGAACUUUAUCUUCUAACUCUUCUCCACAUCAUGCUAGGAUGGAUAAAGCUGCUAAAACUGACACUGGACUUGACUUUGAUCGGUGCUUAAAAGCUUCUUUGCAUGCUCAACCUUACUUGGUUGACUCUACUUUUGCUUCACAAAAUAUUGAAGAAACUUUCAGAGAUUGUGAUGGUCCAAAUGGUUAUGGUGAGAAGUCAUAUCCUGCUUCAGUUUCUUCCAAAAGGGAAAAUGCUGCAACAUGUGAUGGCAAGUUAUCUUCAAUCACUGCAAUGUCUAGUGAAGUGCAGAAAGAUGCAUGUAGUUUCCAGAUGAAUCACCAAGGGAACUUAGAAACUUUUGCUCAUCCAAAUGAAUCCUCCAUCUCCAUUGAAAAGUGCAGCCCUCUUUUGCGUCAAAUUAUACCAUCAGAGGAUGCAACAAAAGGGAACCGUAUUACAAGUCAUGAUUAUCUUUCAAUCAAUGAGGAGAUUAAUGAAGCCUCUCCUCUGUCUAUAACUCCAGAGGAAAAUGAAAGUUACCCAGAAGAUGCAGUAUCCAUUCCUGACUCUGAAAUCAAAGAUGGGAAGUUAUCAUCUGUUCAGCGUGGUGCACGGAAGGCCAAAAAGCGUAGACUUGGGGACAUGGCUUAUGAAGGGGAUCCUGAUUGGGAAAUCUUGACAAUUGAUCAACGUUAUCAGGAAAGUGACCAGUUUGUGGACAGUGAUAAAUCUUUUAGAAUGAGAGAGAAGUCUGAGUCCUCUUCAAUUAGUGUUACAGAGGCUGAAAAUGGUGGGGCAGCAGCAGUUUCAGUUGGAUUGAAAGCCCAUGCUGCUGGUCCAGUUGAGAAGAUAAAAUUUAAGGAGGUCUUAAAACGCAAAGGUGGGCUUCAAGAAUAUUUGGAAUGCAGGAAUCAGAUCUUGGGUCUUUGGAGUAAAGAUGUUAGCCGUAUUUUGCCUCUUGCUGACUGUGGUGUCACAGAUACUCCUUCUGAGGAGGAAUCAUCACACGCUUCUCUAAUUAGGGAAAUCUAUGCAUUUCUUGAUCAGAGUGGCUAUAUAAAUAUUGGAAUUGCUUCCAAGAAGGAGAAAGCAGAGCAUAGUGUGAAGCAUAAUUAUAAACUUGUUGAAGAAAAAAAUUUUGAGGUAAAUUCCGGGGCAUCAUUUGCUGAUUUGGAGGAUGGCGUCUCAUAUAUCCUUGGUCAAUUUAAAUGUUCCGAAACUUCCUUGGAGGCAAAUAAUAGAGUUACAGAUGAUAAUGAAAAACCUGUGUCAAAAGCUACGAUAAGCUGGGAGCUUGUUACUCCAACCAAAGUGGAAGUAUCCAAUGCAACAGAAUGUCGAGAUUGCCCAAUUGGUGAUAUUCAGCAAACUGGUGCUAUCAAUGCGAAAUUAGCCAAUGGAUUUGUCAACUUGGAUGAUGUGAGUGGUGAUCCAUUUUGUGCAAUGCUGGAUAACAGGAUAGAUGUCGCAAAUCCAGAGUUAAGGAAUGACUUGCAGAGUGUUCAAUCUUCCUCCGGUGAUGAUACUGGGGGAAGUCAUAAUUUUCAGUGUGAUUCUGAAGACAGAAAGAAAAUCAUUGUGGUAGGAGCCGGUCCUGCUGGCUUAACUGCUGCCCGCCACUUGCAACGACAGGGUUUUUCUGUGACUGUGGUUGAGGCUAGGAAUAGGAUAGGGGGCCGUGUUUAUACAGAUCACUCAUCUCUUUCAGUUCCUGUAGAUCUUGGAGCUAGCAUUAUCACUGGUGUUGAGGCUGAUGUGGCCACUGAAAGAAGACCGGACCCUUCCUCGUUGAUUUGUGCCCAGUUGGGCCUUGAGUUGACAGUCCUGAAUAGUGAUUGCCCUCUUUAUGAUAUUGUGACCAGAGAAAAAGUUCCAACAGAUCUGGAUGAGGCAUUGGAAGCAGAGUACAACAGCCUUCUUGAUGACAUGGUAUUACUUAUUGCACAGAAGGGGGAACAUGCAAUGAAAAUGUCUCUUGAGGAUGGUUUAGAAUAUGCCCUUAAGAGUCGACGUCUGGCACAACCAGGAUCAGAUAUUGAUGAAACCAAAUUGCAAAAUGCUGUAGACAAUUUAUGUGUUUCAAAAACUUGUAGUUUUGAUGGUGGAGUUCCUGAAAAAAGUUGUUCUAAAGAGGAGAUUUUGACUCCGCUUGAGAGGAGAGUCAUGGAUUGGCAUUUUGCCCAUUUGGAGUAUGGUUGUGCUGCUUUAUUGAAGGAAUUAUCUCUUCCCUACUGGAAUCAAGAUGAUGUUUAUGGAGGAUUUGGAGGGGCUCAUUGUAUGAUUAAAGGGGGCUACAGUAAUGUUGUUGAGUCUCUCAGCAAAGAGCUAUGCAUUUACUUGAAUCAUGUAGUCACAGAUAUUUCUUAUAGCACCAAGGAAACUGGAUUAAGUGACGAUCAGCAUCACAAAGUUAAAGUUUCCACAUCAAAUGGUAGUGAAUUUUUGGGGGAUGCUGUUUUGAUCACAGUGCCACUUGGGUGUUUGAAAGCAGAAUCCAUAAAAUUUAACCCUCCAUUGCCCCAUUGGAAACAUUCUUCCAUCCAGCGACUUGGUUUUGGAGUUCUUAAUAAAGUAGUCUUGGAAUUUCCAGAGGUAUUUUGGGAUGAUUCUGUGGAUUACUUUGGAGCUACGGCUGAGGAAAUUGAUCGAAGGGGCCAUUGCUUUAUGUUUUGGAAUGUCAGGAAAACUGUUGGGGCUCCUGUUCUUAUAGCCUUAGUGGUUGGUAAAGCAGCUGUAGAUGGUCAAAUUAUGAGCUCAUCAGAUCAUGUAAGCCAUGCAUUAAUGGUUCUUCGUAAGCUUUUUGGGGAGGCUAUAGUACCUGAUCCAGUUGCUUCAGUAGUGACUGAUUGGGGUAGGGAUCCAUACAGCUAUGGUGCCUACUCCUAUGUUGCCAUUGGAUCAUCUGGGGAAGACUAUGAUAUAUUGGGCAGACCUGUUGAGAACUGUUUAUUUUUUGCUGGUGAAGCUACCUGCAAGGAGCAUCCUGACACUGUUGGUGGUGCUAUGAUGAGUGGGCUCCGGGAGGCAGUGCGUAUAAUUGACAUUCUAAAUACUGGAAAUGAUUACACAGCAGAAGUAGAGGCAAUGGAAGCCGCACAGAGACACUCAGAAUAUGAAAGGGAUGAAGUUAGGGACAUAACAAAGAGACUUGAGGCAGUUGAGCUUUCCAAUGUCCUGUACAAGAAUUCUUUGGAUGGAGCCCAAAUUUUAACUAGGGAAGCAUUAUUACAAGAUAUGUUCUUUAGUGUGAAAACUACUGCAGGACGAUUGCAUCUGGCCAAGAAGUUGUUGAAUCUUCCUGUUGAGACCUUGAAGUCCUUUGCUGGAAACAGAAAAGGGCUUGCCACACUUAAUUCAUGGAUUCUGGAUUCAAUGGGGAAGGAUGGAACUCAACUCUUGCGUCACUGUGUUCGUCUUCUUGUACUCGUUUCAACUGAUUUACUUGCAGUGCGUUUGUCAGGCAUAGGGAAAACUGUGAAAGAAAAAGUUUGUGUGCAUACCAGCCGUGAUAUACGUGCCAUAGCAAGUCAGUUGGUUAGCGUGUGGCUUGAAGUCUUCCGCAGAGAGAAAGCUACAAAUGGUGGUCUAAAGCUAUUGAGGCAAGCAACUGCAGUGGAUUCUUCAAAGAGAAAAUCUGUGAACAAUCCAGCCUCCGGGAAGCAGCCUCUGCGCACUCAUUAUGGUGGUUUGGAGACUAGAGGUAGCUUAGAAUUUCCUCAAUCCAGUGGAAGCCAUUUACCUUCUAAUGCAAAUAUGAAGAAAGUAAAUGGAAAGCUGUUCAAGGCAGAAACCUUAAAGGAAUCAACAUCCCAUGCUUCCCUAGGCACACAGGAUGCUGAGGUGGAGGAGGAAAGCCACUAUGUUAUGUCCAAAGAAGAAAUGGCUGCUUUAGCUGCAGCCGAGGCAGCCCAUGCUGCUGCUCGUGCAGCUGCUGAGGCAUAUGCAUCAGCAGAAGCCAAGUGCAACACAAUGUUGCAGCUUCCAAAGAUACCCUCAUUUCACAAAUUUGCGAGACGGGAACAGAAUGCACAAAUGGAGGACUUUGAUCUUAGAAAGAAGUGGUCUGGUGGUAUCCUGGGAAGACAAGAUUGUUUAUCAGAAAUAGACUCGAGGAACUGUAGAGUCAGGGACUGGUCUGUUGAUUUCUCUGCUACUUAUGUUAACCUCAAUAGUUCGAGGACAUCAGUUGAUAACUUAUCUCAGCGGAGCCAUUCAAAUGAGAUUGCAUGCCAUAUGAACUUCAGAGAGCAGUCUGGAGAAACUGCAGCAGUGGACGGCAGUCUUUUUACUAGAGCAUGGGUUGAUACUGCUGGUAAUGAGGGGAUAAAGGACUAUCAUGCCAUUGAGAGAUGGCAAUCUCAAGCAGCUGCUGCUGAUUCUGAUUUUUUCUGCCCAACUAUGAAUAUGAAGGAUGAAGAGGAUUCAAACACAAGUUCAAAACCACGCACCAGGAAGAAUAAUGGACAAGGGAAUGAGAGCUCAAUGUCACAGGUUACAUUAAAAAAGCAACAACAAAAAAGUCAUCGCCAAGGUGCAGAUCAUAUUAAACAGGCAGUUGUGGAUUUUGUUGCCUCACUGCUGAUGCCCGUUUACAAGGCAAGGAAAAUUGAUAGAGAAGGAUACAAAUCAAUAAUGAAGAAAACUGCUACUAAGGUCAUGGAGCAGGCAACUGAUACAGAAAAAGCAAUGGCUGUUUCUGAGUUUCUUGAUUUCAAACGCAAGAAUAAGAUUCGUGCCUUCAUGGAUAAAUUGAUUGAGAGGCAUAUGGCAAUGAAGCCAGCUUUGAAAACUUGAUGGUCCUCGAGAUUGACCGGCUUGUGUUUUUGGGUGCACCUCUGCAGCAAUUAAAGAAGUGUUACUUUUUAUUCACGCAUAAAUCCACAGUAUAAGAUGGUGGUGGCGGUGUUCUUGGAAUGGCUUCCCCAUGUAAAUACUUAAUUCAAACUGCCAGUAUGCUGUAAAUGAUCCAGAAUGUGCCAAGGAAGGAAGGAGAUGAUUCUUAUAGCUUGUUGGAUUGUUGCGGGGCUUCUAGUGAAGAUCACUUGUCGUUUGGCCUACUGAAACAAUUAUUUGGCAUCCUUGAAAAUAUGAUCAGAAUUGUUCUGUGUGUCAGGAGGCCAAAGGAGCACAAGAAAAGUGUUGUAGCUCCACUUAUCCAUAUCACGAGAAUUAGCAUAUUUUGAAGCAAAUUAGCAAUCAGUCCAUCAUCCAUUGGCAUUGUACUUUGAAGGGUGGAGAGUUAAUACCCAAUUUUUGUUUUUUUGAUUCAGGGAUCCCCAUAGACAAGAAACUACUUGUUUCUGACCUUUUUUUCGGGUUUUCUUUUUAUUUGUACAGCCUAGGAUUGUUUCAUGGUGACAAGAUACAGAGCAUUUUUCUCUUCCUCCAAAACUUAACAAAAGUACUGUCAUGAUUUUUCAAGUGUAACAUCAUUUACUAACCUUUUUCUCUUCUACAAAGAUCAAUCAAAGGAACCUUUUUGGUA